AUGACCGUAAUAGAUUGUCUCAAGCAACAGUUUGCUUGUGAUUGGGAAUUUGAACAUUCUACUUCAUCACCAUAUCACAGCCAAUCGAAUGGCAAGGCAGAAUCAGCUGUAAAAAUUGCAAAGAAAUUAGUGAAGAAGUGUAUUUCUAGCAAGACUGAUAUCUGGAAAGCAAUUCUAGAUUGGCGAAACACUCCUACAAAGGAUAUGAAUUGUAGUCCCGCCCAAAGACUGAUGUCUAGGAGGACAAGACAUUCCUUACCAACAGCUGCUGCUCUACUUGAACCAAAUAUCAGCACAAAUACCCAUGAAAAGAUCAUGCGUAUGAGACAACUUUCAAAACAGCAGUAUGACAAACACACUAAGGACCUUCCAGAACUACAGAUUGGACAAAACGUUCGAAUGAAGAAACACCCAAAUGAUAAAUACUGGCAGUUUGGAACAUGUACCCAGUCUCUCGGGAACAGGUCAUACCUCAUCGACUUAAAUGGAAAGUCAUACCGUAGAAACAGAAGAGAGAUGCGCCCAACCAAGGAGGCUCAUGAUGCAGAAAGAACAGAUCCUUUACCCUACAAGCCGGAGGAUGAUCCACUCAUGAUUACAAAUGAACCUCCCCAGUACGAGAGUGUGAAGCAGCCUAUUGCUCCAGAACCACAAACCGCAUUUGGAUCUUCUAGAGAGACUAUCACAUCUCCCGCAAGUGACAAUAAUUGUGCAGUGAAUGCUUCAACUAAAUUGCGUGGCAGCUCAAGAAUUGCCAGAUUACCAUCAAAGUUCAAGGACUUCAUUAUGAAUUAA